AUGGACGUCUCGGUGGAGGUUUUACAGAUUUUAGAGCGUUUGCUGGAUGUAAAGAUGCUGAUGGUGUUGUCUAUGACGUGUCGCCCAUUGCUAGAGACUCUCAAAGCGCUCAUCGAGCAGCGAUGCAAGCGUGAAUGCGUGAUGACGUAUUUGUACCCAACGGUGGCAUCCUAUCGCAUGCAGGCGGCAGUUCCAGCAACUUGGAGACAAUUGUACGUGGCAUUUAACAGCUUAAAGGAUUUGUGUUGGCAAGCUUGUCGAGUGGAGGUCACUACUGGUUCAGUGUUUUACAAGCAAAACCUCGUAGAUGCGACGAUAGGUGAAGACCAAAACGUAACGGAGGCCGAAGGUCAUCGUCAAAAGUUGCCAUUUGUGCAGUCGUCACGGCAGAUUUUGAUGGGAAAGUGGAAAUACGGCCAACGGGACAAGGGCCGUGUCCAAGGCGAAAUUAUUCCAUGA